AUGUCUAGCAAGCGGCACUCGAUUCUUCCGGCCAUUGAUCGCAGUGGCCCGAAACCGCCUGUCAACUUCUCGUCCUCACUCACCAUCUCCGACAAUGCCAUCCUCCAGGGCACCCACUCGAUUACGAUGCAGGCGGAGACAGUAGUACACCCUCGCUCACGGGUUGAGUCUCACUUGGGAAGCAUCCUCAUCGGUCGGCGAUGUCUCGUCCACGAACAAGCACACCUUGGAGCCCGCCCGGCAGAUAUCGAGACGGCAAAGCCAGGCGGUGUUGCACUUGCUGACUAUGUCACGAUCGAGGCCGGCUGCGUUAUCGAGGCUGGUGGCACCGAGAUUGGGGAAGGUUCCAUCAUUCAAGCUGGAGCUAGGAUUGGCAGUGGUGCUAGAAUCGGCAAGAACUGCACAAUUACACCAAUGUCGACUAUAGCCCCAAAAACGGUCCUCCCCGACAGCACCGUUGUUUUCUCCAAUGGCACAAAACGAAUCGAUCAGCGAGACAUCUCCGACCAAAAGAAAAUCGCACUGAUCCAGCAACUCGGAGUGUUGAAGAAGAUGAUUCGCAGCAAUCCGGACAAAUUUAGAUGA